AUGAUAGCGCGACUUAUCGUAUUACCAGCAAUUUUCACUGCCUCAUCAAUUUUCUUAUGGAUUCUUAUUUGUUCAGCACCUACUCGAUCUAAUUCCACUUCAUCCGUUGCCGUAAAUUGGAAGCCACCAUGGAAUUUACUGAAUGAUUUCGCAAAUUUUACAGCGACAGCUAAUUUAUUUCAUGCAUACAAAGAUCAACACUUCAGCUAUAUUACUAUAUUAUUCAUCUUCACCUAUAUUUAUAAACAAACAUUUGCCAUUCCUGGCUCAUUCAUUUUGAAUUUAAUAGCCGGUAUGUUGUUUGAUGUUUGGUUUGGUUUCUUAUUGGUAUGCAUUUUAACAACAAUUGGCUCAACAUUAUGUUACCUUUUCUCAGAAUCAUUCGCUCGUGAAUAUGUCUUCUAUUAUUUAGGUCAUCGUAUCAUUUACUUACAACAGAAGGUACAUAAUAAUUCGCAUCGUUUAUUGGCAUUCUUAUUGUUUGCUCGGAUGUUUCCAAUUUCACCAAGUUGGCUACUAAAUAUUAUUGCACCAUUUCUCAAUAUUCCUCUUUUCAUUUUUGCAUUAACUACUUUCAUUGGAUUAGCACCGUAUAAUUAUAUUUGUGUGCAAGCAGGACAUAUUUUAUCAGAACUUCAUAGUUGGGCUGAUAUUUUAAACUUCUCUACAUUAUUUAAUCUUUCGCUAUUUUCAUUACUACCACUUAUAUAUUCAUUGUAUAUUAAGCCAAGGAAUCAAGUUACAGCAGUUGAGGAUGAACAAAUCGGAAAAGUAUUAAUUAUUUAA